AUGAGCUGGAACGAGGAGGAGAUCGAAGGUGUCGUUGCCGCCCCUGAGGAAGAGCAACUUGAGAUGCCAGAGGUCAAGCUUUUCAACAAAUGGUCCCUGAACGAUGUUGAAGUUUCCGAUAUCUCACUCGUUGUAAGUUCUUUUUCAAUUUUAUGAGGUUUUGAAUUUAGGAACGGAAGUAUCAAUAUUCUUUUUGUAGGACUACGUCGCGGUUAAAGAAAAGGGUGCCAAAUAUCUGCCGCACUCGGCUGGUCGUUAUCAAAUCAGAAGAUUCCGCAAGGCGACGUGCCCGAUUGCUGAGCGUUUGGCCUCUUCUUUGAUGGCUCAUGGUCGCAACAACGGUAAGAAAUUGAUGACCGUCAGAAUUGUCAAGCAUGCCUUUGAAAUCAUCCAUCUGCUUACCGGCGAGGUAGGUAUCUUUGUGAAUGUGGUUCUUUUCAUUUUAUAUAUUUCUACUUGAUACUUUUAUUUUAGAACCCAGUGCAAAUCUUAGUCAACGCUGUUAUCAACAGUGGACCCCGUGAAGACUCCACUCGUAUUGGCCGUGCCGGUACCGUCCGUCGUCAAGCUGUUGAUGUUGCCCCUCUUCGUCGUGUCAACCAGGUAAGUUGCUGCAAAUAAAGUUUUUGCACAUGAAUGUUUCUAGUGGUUUUUGUUUGACACUUGUGAUUUCAGGCAAUCUGGUUGAUCUGUACUGGAGCUCGUGAAUCUGCGUUCAGAAACAUCAAAACAAUUGCCGAAUGUUUGGCUGAUGAGCUUAUCAACGCCGCAAAGGGAUCCAGCAACUCUUAUGCCAUCAAGAAGAAGGACGAAUUGGAACGUGUAGCCAAAUCCAACCGUUAA